GAACAUUGAAAAAAAAAGGAACAAACGAAGUAAUGCAGUGCAUUUCACUCCCCAGUUGUCACCUCCGGUUUCACACGCCACCCAAAACUUCCUUCAAAUCGGCAUGCCACGUCAGCCCUAGGAUGUCCUUUGACGAUAACAGCAAAACCACCACCACCAUCAGCAGCAACAACAAUGGUCUCAAUCUAAUCAACAACAUUUCCAAGCUCCUAUGGGGUCCCUCCCUCCCUCCAGGGCUCCUAAUCUCCACCGUCCGUACAGCGUGGACAUCCACGUGGAAGCUCAUGAUGUCCCAAUUGGCUCCCUCGGAUCCCUCCGGCGGUUACACCAGGCCUCCCUCGAAGUUCCGCCUCUCCCGCCAAUUCCCAACAGCCACCAAACUCCACCUCUACGUUGGCCUACCAUGCCCGUGGGCCCACCGGACCCUAAUCGUCCGGUCACUCAAAGGCCUCGAAGAAGCCAUCCCCGUCUCCAUCGCAGCCCCCGGCCUCGACGGCUCUUGGGAAUUCGGCGAUUUCUCCUUCCAAGACAAGAGUAGAGACGAUGGUACCCUUGUUCCAACCAGGGAUAAGAUUAACGGAUGCCGGAACUUGAAGGAGGUUUAUGGGCUGAAGAAAGGCGGGAACAACGGGCGGGCCACGGUGCCAAUGCUAUGGGACGUGGACCAGAAAGAGGUAAUCUGCAAUGAGAGUUACGAUAUCAUCGAGUUCUUCAAUUUGGGUCUAAACGGGUUGGCCCAGAACCCGGGUUUGGAUCUCUCACCGGUGGAGCUACAAGGGGAGAUAGAAGAGUGGAAUCGAGUAAUUUACCCCAAUGUUAAUAAUGGGGUUUACAGAUGUGGGUUUGCCCAAAGUCAAGAGGCAUAUGAUGUUGCAGUGAGUGGUUUGUUUAAUACUCUGGAUAAGAUGGAUGAUCAUCUGGGUGGUUCAAGGUACCUGUGUGGAGACAGAUUGACUCUUGCGGAUAUUUGUUUGUUUACGACAUUGAUUAGGUUUGAUGUUGUCUACAAUGUCCUGUUCAAAUGCACCAAGAAGAAGCUGCUGGAGUUUCCGAAUCUUCAUGGUUAUAUGCGCGACAUUUAUCAGAUUCCAAAGGUUGCUGCUACUUGCAAUUUUCCGGCAAUUAUGGACGGUUAUUACCGGAUACUUUUUCCAUUGAACCCUGGCAGCAUUCGACCUGUUCUGCCCUCUGGCUGCGACCAUGAAUCCCUCUCCAGACCCCACGACAGGGAAUCAAUGUCACCGGAGGAUCAAAAGGUGCAGUGUGUUGCCUAAAUGGAGUCCUAUGACAUGUAUAGUUGUAUAAUAUGUACUUUUAACAGUAAAUAUAUAUUCAUCCAAGCAGAAAUCAUCUGAAAUAUUCUACCACUA